UCAGUUCGACUUUCGACGCGCUGCCAGAAACAUCGUGAGCACCGCUUAGCCAAAAAAAAUACAUAUAAAUUCCCGACGGAUCCCAGGAAAAACUGACGCAAUGAGCGCCGUUGAUGCUAUAAUCAAUUACAAGCGCAGUCCCAACGAGGACUUCUACGGUCUGCUCCAUUGCGAUGAGAACUCAUCGCCCGAGCAGAUCCAGGCCGAGUACAAGGUCCUGGCCCUCCAGUACCAUCCCGACAAGAACUCCGGCGACAAGGAGGCGGAGGCCAAGUUCCAGCAGCUAAAGGAGGCCAAGGAAACCUUGUGCGAUCCGGAAAAGAGGGCCAUUUACGACAAGUGGCGCAACAGCGGCAUCUCGAUGAGCUACAAACAGUGGCUGGGCAUGAAGGAGCAUGUCGGUCAGGUGAGAAGAUACACGAUUGCCGAGAAAGUGGAUAAAGAGUCCAUGCACUGGGUCACCCCCAAGACCAAGGAUCGCAUGCUGCCGGAGAGCGGAGGAGCAGCUGCCCAGGCACCUGGCUCCGGGGCAGGAUGCAGCAGCGGUGGCCUGACCGCAGCCUCCCCCAAUCCCGCCCACCGGCGGGCCUCGGAGGGCGGGGCGGCCUUGUACUACGGCAGUCGCAAGGGGGAGUGGGGCGGCGAGAACACCGAUGUGGCCAACAAGUUCCGCAACUACGAGAUCUAAGAUGAGUCAGAUGAGCGACGGCCACAGAAACGAGUUUCAAUUAAAAAAAAAAAAUAUAUAUUUCAAGUCAAAGCGAAACCGAAGAGCGAGCAGGAGGAAAGUUAUGCAAUUAUAUCAAAAAUAUUCUGAAAAGGGAAACAAAGUUUAUUAUCGAUGUGUAACUUAAGCGUUGCGAACUACAGAGCACAGAUACUCUUAUAUAGAUGUUUAUAGGUGUACAAAAAUAUAUCUUAAAAAAAUGGUAAUUAACUAACGUAUAUUUAAGUGAAAGAAACUGUAAUUUCAAUAAACUCCCCCGAUGAAAAAUCCCAGGCGGAGCGGCAAGAAUUUUAAGUUGAAGUAAUUAGUCAAAUUUUAACGCAGUCAUGCAUAUAAAAUAUACACAGCAUAUACUAUAUACUAUAUAUAUAUUUAUGUAAUCAGUGUAUUUGUAUAUCGAUGUUUCAAGUACCAUGAAUGUACCCCCAAGACAAUCCCUUGGCAGCAAACAAAACUAAACUAAAGCUAAAGCUGUAACUUUAACUGAAACUAAACUAUUACUAACCUAGUGACAGUCUAGCGAUUUACCCACCACGAGCCAGAAAAUGGGAACAUAUUGAGAGGCAUGGUAAAGCGAAUUUAAACCUUUAUACACACGACACAUUUGCAUAGUCAAAAAACGUAUAUCUCACUCGGUGUCCUUUUUAACUGCAACAUUGCGAAAAGCUCCCAUGAACUGUUUUCCCUACCUGAAAAAUCAUUUUCGCAGAAAAUCUACAAAAAAAAAAUGUGACAAAAUAUCAAAGAAAAAUCAAAAAAAAAAUCAAAGAAAAAACAAAAAUGUGCAGAGAAA